AUGAAUUUCAACCCUCUUAUUUACUGCACCUGCUGGGACCCCUGGAACUCGGGACCACGGAAGCUAAUCAAGACUCCUCGACCACCAAACAAGACCCUUGCAAGGAGGUCCAAGCCAACUCCCCUUCUACCAGCUUUAGAAAAAUACAGCUGCGUCCAACCAACAAAACCUUGUAUUCCCCCAAAAGUGAAAUUCGAUACAGGAAAGCAAGAGAGCAAUAAAUCACCUUAUGAAGUGAUCGACGUGUCGCCUGGCUAUCAACUCUGUCGGAAUCGGGAGCAGAUUUCUGUCACCUUGGGGGAGGAGAUGUUCGACAGAAAAAAGCGGUUGGAUUCAGAGGUCAUGGACAAAGUCCAGAUCGCCAGGACUGAUAUCAUUUCUGACCUGGAAGAGCAGAUCUCAGAGCUGAUGGCAGCAAUAGAACAAAUGAACAGAGACCAUCAGUCUGCCCAGAAAUUGCUUUCUAGUGAAAUGGAUCUCCGCUGUGUUGAGAUGAAACAGAACUUUGAAAACAAGAACAGGGAGCUCAAAGUAGCUCACGACACAGAGCUCAGUGAGCUGGAGAACAACUACAAAACCGCCUUGAAGGAGGAGAAGUUGGCUGCCCAGAAGAAGCUAGAGGAGAUGGAAAAGGAAUACAAGUAUUUGAAGAAUAUGUUUUAUAUGUAUCAGGACAGUAUUUAUGAUGAAAUGGAAGAUAAAUGGUUAAAGCGGAAGGCGGAAUGGGAGAAAGAUGAGAAGUUGGAGCGGGAAAAGAUCCUGUUACAGCAAAAAAAUAAAAUGACGAAAAAGUUUGAGUUGGAGUCAGAAGAAGAAAGGAAGAAAAUUAAUGAAUCCUACAAUGUCCUCUUUGAGAACUUCAUUCGAGAGAAGGAGGAGCUCUUGAAACAACAUGACAGUGAUAACUUGCAAAUAGAGGAGCUGAAGAAGACCAAGACGGUCAUAGAGGAAGAGUUGCAUGCACAAGCUCUUAUCCUAGAGUCACUCAACACAAACCUCUACCACGUCCAUCUGGAACUCCAGAGAGAGAAAGCUUCAGUGGGAAAUCUGGAGAAAAUGUUCCAGACCAAGCUUGCUGAAGCUGAGGAAAAGUAUAAGUCCACCAUACAGACGCUGACAGAAGAAAACAACUAUCUAAGGCAAAAGUUAACUGCCAAGGAGGAAGAAAUGUCUGACGCACUACUCCCUGGGAACGUGGGCUCUAGUACCACUUACGAGUAUUCUGACAUCUUAGAAGAUGGUAACAACAAAAAAGAAGACUCAUAAACAAAAAGUUACUCUCUGUAGCUGAUGAUGGGCACACCAUCCUUAGGCCUAAGGAACUCCUGUGAGGCCUUCCUGAGAAAUGUAUAAUGUUCUUAGGUUGCUCCGACUCUAUUGUCUUUUCACAAUUUGCUUUCUUCUGAGUGGUUGGAAUGUUUGAGUUCCAUCUCAUUUGCACAAUUUAUCAUGACUCUUCACUGCAAGGUAAUGUUCUCUGUACCUGGAGCUGAGCUCUCUGUCCGCUUUGUAUCAUUUUUCCCCCCAUCUUUUCUUAUGUCAUUAGAAAGGGACUGAUUUGAUGGCCUUCUUCCUAAUGAACAUUGACUAUAUUUGGGGGGUGUACCAUUUGUCCUCUGAGGAGUUUAGCUAGCCAAAAAUGAUAAUUUAUUGAUUUGGUUCAGAAAUCCUUUUCUGUUAAACACAUAACCCUUCCCUUGAUUUAGGAAGAAUUUCUGAUGAUUCUUGCCCCCUUCUUCAUAGCAUCACCAGAAUUCAAAUGCCCAUGAGGAGGGCAAUACGUGAAGUGGGCUGAG